CCACUUCUUCGUAUAAAAUGAGAGGAAAUCCAAAUCGAAUCGUGUGAAAGAAUUGCAAUGUCUUACGAGCAGCCCAUUCGCGAUCAAUCCGGCAUGGAUCAGCAGGAGAACAGCCCCUACGUCGCUCACUCGGACGCAGUUGGGCACCUCGGGCAGCCCAGCUCGGAGAGGCCGUCGCAAGCUCCUGGAGAUCGCGGCGUCCACUUUGGUAAGAACGCAGGAUAUGGCGACACCGAGGCGGUAAAUCCCCAGUCCGGGCAGCAGCAGCAGCACCAUCCCCUCGAGGCGACGCACGACACCAACAUCGGCCACGGGCACGAGCCCUUCUCGGCCUCCACGACGGAGUCCGGCUACGUUGCUCCAGCCGGGGCCGACCAGCGUCACCGCGGAAUGGGCGAGAAGAUGAAGGACGCGGUGAAAGGCGCCGUCGGUGGUGGCCCGAAAAGCUCGUCUCACGAUCAAGUUCAUGGAGUUCCUGCUGGCCAGGGACCUGGAGGAGCUCACGAUCAGCUUCAUGGAGUUCCUGCUGGCCAGGGGACUGGAGUUCCACCCGAGCAGCAGUCAAAGAGUCCUGGAUUCGUCGGCAAGAUGAAGGACGCCUUGACUGGGCAGAAGCCUGGAUACGGUGCUGCUACCGGACACGCCACCACUGGGGGUGCUGUUCCUGGCGAGGAGGACUACGCUGGGAAGUUCCAAGGCGAGCAUGAUACCAAGUGGCCUCGACCAGCUCCUCCUCCAGGUAUGUCCAAAGCAUCUGUUACCAGUGAUCGACCUGGAGAGACCCACUAUCCUUCUAAUCGUCCUGACGCUGGUACUCCGGAGAGUUACUCUACUGGUCCUGGACCUUAUGGUGAAGAGAAGGCCUCGAGAUACCAGAAUGUUGGCAAGCCUGGUCACGAGGGUACUACGUAUAAUCCAGAGCAGCAGCACUAUGGUGGACAGAACGUCGCCGAGCCUGGUACUGGAGGUUUGAUGGGAACGACUUAUAAUGGCGGAGAGAAGACUGGUCCUGGAACUGGAACCGAGUACGGUGCUGGAGAUCAUGCAACUGGAACUGCAUACGGUGCUGGAGAUCCGAAUUAUCAGAAGUCCGGUGCUGGAACUGGAACUGAGUAUGGUGCUGGAGAUCAUGCAACUGGAACUGCGUACGGUGCUGGAGAUCCAAAUUAUCAGAAGUCCGCUGCUGGAACUGGAACUGAGUACGGUGCUGGAGAUCCGAAUUAUCAGAAGUCCGCUGCUGGAACUGGAACUGAGUACGGUGCUGGAGAUCCGAAUUAUCAGAAGUCCGCUGCUGGAACUCAUGAUCCAUCGAAGGCUGUCCAAGAAGAGAUGUAUCCUCCGGAGAGCUACAAGGGAGCGGAGCAGUACUCCACUCCCGGUGCUGCGAGCACUCCAGCGCCACGAAAUGCUCGUCACGACACUCCGACUGGCCAGAACGAGGGUGGAGGUGAGUAUAAAGACUCCCACGGUGUUCAUAAAGAAGGUCCCCGGGAUGACAACGUGAAGAAGGAAGGACUGAUGGCGAAGAUGAUGGACAAGCUGCAUCUUAGCCCGAAACACCGUGACCGUGCUCAACACAAAGACUCCACCACCACCACCACUUCGUAGAUAAAGCUGUGAUCCACCACGACCACUUCGUAGAUAAAGAUGUGAUCGUAUGAAAGAAGUGUUUGCCUGUUGUAUAUAAUUAAAGGUUUGAAUUUUGUAGA